GUAAAAUUUCACAUGCGGUGGGUAUACUGCGCGAUCAUUCGAGCGCUUCAGAAAUUCUGCACGUACUCAUAUGCCUAGAUCGAAUUUCUCGGAAUGUGCCUCACAUCUUAAUGAAUCAGUCGGACUUUAUAUCAACGUUUUGUUAUGGCGUCAUGGCACAGACAAUACGCAGCGAAGUCGACAAGCAAUUGAUUCGCUAUUGCAGUCGAAUUAUUUUGAAUUUGGCGCGUUACAAUAGUACUACGGCAAAUACUUUCCAGGAGAGCGGUCUUGUCACUAUAGCUCAGAUGCUGCUGCGCUGGUGUGACAAGGAUAGUGAAAUAUUCAAUACUUUAUGUACGCUAAUUUGGCUAUUUGCACAUUGUCCCUACAAGCGCCACAUAAUUCGGGAGUAUAUGACGACUCCUGAAUCAUUAUAUGUGGUGCGGGAGACUAAAAAACUUGUUGCGCGUAAAGAGCGCAUGAAUCAAAAUGUACGCAAGCCUGUUGCACCGUCACGUGCUCCCAAACAGCAACUAUUCCGCAGUCGUGCGUUACCUAGCCUCGAACCCGACUACGGCGUCAUACAUAAUAAGCCGUAUACGUUUGUAUCGUCGAUAUUUGCAUUUGAUAUGCUGCUAGCUGAACUGGAAAUUGAAGUCAAUUAAAUGUAUUUCUUUUAUUGUUUUCUUUGUUUUAGUGUAUAUGAUUAACACAUUCAUUUUUUUAUCCGUUGUAUGUAAGAAUUUGUUUUCUAUACCAGAUACGAGAGUUUUCCAAAACACAUGGAUACAAAGCAUUAUAAGAAGUUUGUGUUCUACACUAUUUAUUGAUGGAAAUGCCUUAUUUGCGCAAUUAAGUUCCAAUGCGGCAUUUAACCGUGGUUGCGCAUAUUGGUCAUUUCCUUAAAUUAUAGUUUCGAAAUAAAAGAGACUGAUGCUUUGGCUUGAUGCAUUUUUGAACACAGACUUCUAACGCUUUCUAUCGAUUGUAUUGAUGCGUUCUGGAAUAUAGCCAUACUAUCAGAAGACUGUCCGAUAUACAUAUAUAUCAAAUAGACUAGUUCGCUGUACAAUACUUUUUGUCGGCUACGACUAUGAUUACGUUAAUAUAUCCACUGUUAUUAAUUGCCGUAAAUGUUAGUUAAAAAUUUUUUAUUUAAAUAAACGUUAAGGAUAUAAUUUUUGCCUGGUAAGAAAUUAGUGCCCGAGUGCACUUGUACACAGACGAAUGCUAACUUUGUACCCAUAACCAGCGUAAGCGGAAAGAUUAAGUAAGCUUGGGUCAACCGUAUGCUUCUUUUCAAAGCAGAAGAAAUGAUACCCACU